UUUUGCGUCCAUCUUCAUUUUAAGAAAUUUCAUAUUUGUAAAACCGUGUCAGUUAAGAAAACCCUAUUUUUAUUGGGUCAAUUUUUAUUGGGUCAAGGAAUAAUACAAAUAUUUUGUGACUGAAUGUUGUCUAAUCAGAUACAGAAAGAAAGAUAAAGCGAGCAAACACACCGUCCUUCUAAAUUAUCGGAGCUCCACCUAUAAUGAACGGGAUGAAAGAGGCUGUGUGUUUAAUGUUCUUGACUGGAUGUUUAGCAGCAUCAAAGCUCCAUCAAGUGAUAGAUAAUGGUCACAGCUUCAAUGUUACAGUUAAUGAUAUUUUGAUAUUUCAACAUACCUAUGACAACCCUAUGCUUUACGUUGGAAUGGGAAGAACAAACUUCCUAGAAUUCCGUGGGAAUUUCCGUAUUGAAAGCGACAUCGACAGAAGAGUAGGACUGAGAAAUUACACAUAUCAGAACUAUAAUUGGACAGAUGAGAUUGACUUUUUGUUUGAAGAACAUCAGCUGAGAUUUCGGAUCACAACAUACAAUGAGAAAUCAGUAGGGAUUGAAAUAAUCAAUAAUGGCAUAGAAUACGAUUACCUCUGGUUUCGAGUGGUCGCUGAAGCCUCAGAACAAGUUUAUGGUCUUGGAGAACAAUUCAGUCACCUAAAUCUGAGGGAAUUUUCUUACACACCAGGAAAAGACCCAGAAUCAUUUUCAGUUAGUAGGUCAAGGGACAGAAUUUAUCCUAUUUGGACAAGAGAACAAGGUGUUGGACGGGACAAGCAUGACCAAGUGACAUUUUUCGCCGAUAAAAUGAGUGGCGCUGGCGGUGAUUAUCAUACGACAUAUUUUCCACAAGCAACCUUCAUCAGUUCUAGAAAGUACCUAUUUCAUUACGAUGGCUAUAACUAUGCUGAGUUCGAUUUCAGUCACAACAAAUACCAUGAAGUUUUCAUAAAAGGGGACUUUUCAAAUAUUGCAAUCAUACCCCGAGAUAACAUGGUGGACCUCGUGAAAAGUUUUGUUACAGACACGCCGUUGGGAAAGAUGGCACCUCUACCUAGCUGGUUACGAGAUGGAAUUAUACUUGGCGUUCAAGGAGGAACAGAUGUUAUGCUAAAAAGGCUAAAGACUGCCCAAGACCAAGGUGUUGCUGUUAAUGGAUUGUGGAUACAGGACUGGGCUGGAAUUAAAAACACUACGUUUGGUCAAAGAUUGUUUUGGAAUUGGAAAUGGAACCCCAAAAGAUAUCCGGGUUUGGACCAGAAAAUCAAAGAUCUGAAAGCUCAAGGAGUGAAGGUGCUUGCAUAUAUAAACCCUAAUUUGAAUAUCGAAGGUGAUUUGUAUAAGACUGCAUCAAGCCAAGGUUUUGUGGUGAAUAACAGAACUGGAAACCCGUAUCUUUUAGAUUUUGGUGAAUUUCUGUGUGGAAUAGUUGAUUUGACCAACCCAGCUGCAUUUAAUUGGUAUAAAGGUCAGAUUAAAACUAAUAUGAUAGACCUAGGUCUGAGUGGCUGGAUGGCAGAUUUUGGCGAGUAUCUUCCCGUAGAUGCUGUAGUAUUUGACAAAACUAUGUCUAUUGAGAUGGUACACAAUCAGUGGCCAGUAUUAUGGGCAAGUUGUAAUAGGCAAGCAGUAGAGGAAUCGGGCAAACUUGGAGAGAUAGUAUUCUGGAUGAGAGCUGGUGCCGCACGUACUUCAAACUAUACCACACUCAUGUGGGCUGGAGACCAGAAUGUGGACUUCAGUUAUGGUGAUGGCCUACCAUCUACUAUUAUAGCUGCUACGUCGAUGGGUCUGUCAGGUACAGGUCUGACACAUUUCGAUAUCGGUGGCUACACUACUUUUGGAUCAUUGGGACUUAGAAGAACAGCUGAGUUGUUACUGAGAUCUGCAGAAAUGGCGGUGUUCACACCCGUCAUGAGAACUCACGAGGGCAAUCAACCGGACUUCAAUGUACAGGCUUACUCCAAUCAAUACAUCCUUCUACAGUUUGCCAGGCUAGUCAAGAUUUAUAAAAUGUUGGGAAAUUACACUAAUUCUGUCAUACAGACAUGUGUUAGGGAUGGAAUUCCAGCACAAAGACCUCUAGUUCUUCACUAUCAAAAUGAUCCAGUGGCCGUAAAUGCUAAAUAUCAGUACAUGUACGGUUCCGAUUUAUUAAUAGCACCAGUUAUACAGGCUAAUGUUACAUUACAGAAAGUGUAUCUUCCUCAGGGUGAAUGGGUAUUUUUAUGGAAUACUUCCACGCAAACUGCAGGAAAUAAAUACAUAACGGUACCGGCUCCUAUAGGACAACCACCAGUGUUUUACCAGAAAACAUCACCAUAUUCGGCAACAUUCAUGGCCAUUUCUAAAAUACCACUAGUACCGCCACCACCAACAACCAUCCAACCAUCUACAAAGUCCCCAGGAUUUUUUGAUUUUAUGACUGCCAUGGAGUAUCAAGCAGAUAAGAACACAUGUGAUCCUUUACCAUGAACAGUUAGCGUGGAUAUCAUAUAAAUAGUUGUACAUACAUAAUUUGACGACAUAAACAUGUUCAAAUGGGGUUUAAAAGUAAUUUUUGUUAACAAAUAUACUAAUAAAAAAAAAAAAAAAAAAUAUCAAUGAGUCCUGUUAAAAUAAUUGGAAAGGAGAUUUUAUUUUACACAUUUUACACACAAGGUAUUACUGUUUGUUAGUUUCAGUAUAGAUGUUUCCCUUUCACUGGGGAAAGUGGCAACAAGGAACUUUGUGUCUUUGUUCUUGUCUAUAACAAACGUAUAAUAUUUGUAAGGUGCUGCGUAUCAUUAUGAUACCAGUAACAAAGGAUGAUGCCUACAGUAUAAAAAUUAGUUUGCUUAUCCUUCAUUACAGACUCCAAGAUGAUAAAUCAUUGGUUUUCUAUGUAUUGAGGGGCCUCCGUGGCCGAGCAGUCUGAGUAGUCAUUGAGGGGCCUCCGUGGCCGAGCAGUCUAAGUAGUCAUUGAGGGGCAUCCGUGGCCGAGCAGUCUAAGUAGUCAAACUACUGUAUCACUAGCCAGUCAACACUGAGGUUGUAAGUUAGAAACUUGCAUGGGACAGGUGCACUCGACUCCAUACUAAACACUAGCCAGUCAACACUGAGGUUGUGAGUUUGAACUCCGCUUGUGCUGGAACACUGGACUCCAAUCUAAAUUGACUAGGAUUGUCAGUUGUCCUUCUGAAAGUCAGUGUUUCUUUGGCACUCCGGCUUUUUCCAACAAUUAAAACUGACCUCCACGAAAUACAUGUACAAUAUAGCAUUGAAAGUGAGAUUAAACACCAAUUAAUCUAUGUAUUGUUUUCUGGAAUGAUGCUUGUCUUUUCAUCUAUUUUCUUUUCAUCUGAUAUUGUCUGUCUUUCAAACUAAACUAAAUAUUCAGAAACAUAUUAUGCACAACUAGUCAUAAUAGUACAAACAAUAUAGUUUCAGUCGGAUUAUUAUGAUAUUGGUUUGAGCAAGUUCGUUUUUCUUCAAAUACUAUUGGGACGGAAUUUCAGAUGGACAGACAUUCAAAGCAGCAGCAAUUUAAUUUCUCCUAUUUUUUCAUGUCUUCUUGUUCAAGAUUUAUUUGUUUUUCAAUCAGUUAUGAAAUACAGAGAAAAAUAUUGUAUAAGUAUAUACCUGUGAUAGUUUAUCAGAUCAAAGGAAAGACAUGAUAACAAUGAUAAAUAAUUGCUGCAAGAAUUUUCAAUAUCUUGACCCUAAACAAAAACUGAUAUGGUUAAUGAAUAAUGAAGAUGAGAAUUUAUUAUCAGAAUUAUGCAUGUUCAUUAAGAAAUAUGAAAAGUUUUAAUGGGAUUUAUUUCCCUCUACUACUUGUAAUUUGAACUUUAUAUUUUCUCCAUAGUGAGUUCUAGAGCACCGUCCCUUGAUGAAUAUUGUCCAGUAGCAAUGUUAACCCUUGCUAUUGUGCAUUAGUCAUGAGGAGAAUCACUAUUGGAGUAAUCUCAUGUAUCUGUAGCUAGUUCUGAAGGAUCCCCCCUUGAUGACCUUUGCAUUGUUGUGAUGAAGUCCCUCACUACUGUGCACUGGUCAUGAGGAGAACUACUGCAGAUUGAGAUACUAUAUUCCCAGUUCUAUUUUUGCUAUUUUUUAGUUUCCGUAUUUUAAAAUAAACUUAAUAUCAUAUCCUUUUAAUAUUAAAUCGGCCUCAUUGCACUCAAUGUCUCUUACUAUAAUUAUAUCCUACAUUGCUCAUAUUAUCAAUUUAUUAUUUGUGUAUUACUUAUUGUGUAUUUCACUAAUGUUUAUAUAAUCAUUGUAUUAUGAUGUUUUUGUAUCUUGCCUGACAAGGGCCCAUGAUUGGAAAAAUAAAAUAAUGUCUAAUGUCUAAUAUACCA